CACAGGGGGUGACCAUUCUUUGUCUCCACAGCUAUGAUAUGGUGCAUUACGGCCACUCCAACCAGCUGCGCCAGGCGCGGGCCAUGGGUGACUACCUCAUCGUGGGUGUGCACACUGACGAGGAGAUCUCCAAGCACAAAGGGCCCCCGGUGUUCACUCAGGAGGAGAGAUAUAAAAUGGUGCAGGCCAUCAAGUGGGUGGACGAGGUGGUGCCCGCAGCCCCCUAUGUCACCACGCUGGAGACGCUGGACAAGUAUGACUGCGACUUCUGUGUCCACGGCAAUGAUAUCACACUAACCGUAGAUGGUCACGACACCUAUGAGGAAGUGAAGCAGGCUGGGAGGUACAGAGAGUGCAAGCGCACCCAGGGUGUGUCUACCACAGACCUUGUCGGCCGCAUGCUACUGGUGACCAAGGCCCAUCACAGCAGCCAGGAGCUGUCCUCUGAGUACCGGGAGUAUGCAGAUAGCUUCGGGAAGUGCCCUGGUGGACGGAACCCCUGGACAGGGGUGUCUCAGUUUCUGCAGACCUCCCAGAAGAUCAUCCAGUUUGCUUCUGGGAAGGAGCCCCAGCCAGGAGAGACGGUCAUCUAUGUGGCCGGAGCCUUUGAUCUGUUCCACAUUGGGCACGUGGACUUCCUGGAAAAGGUGCACGGGCUGACAGACAGACCCUAUAUCAUCGCCGGAUUGCACUUUGAUCAGGAGGUCAACCACUACAAGGGGAAGAACUACCCCAUCAUGAAUCUGCACGAGCGGACCCUGAGCGUGCUAGCCUGCCGGUAUGUGUCAGAGGUGGUGAUUGGGGCCCCAUAUGCAGUCACAGCAGAGCUUCUGGGUCACUUCAAGGUGGACCUGGUGUGUCACGGGAAGACAGAGAUUAUGCCUGACAGGGAUGGGUCUGACCCCUACCAGGAGCCCAAGAGAAGGGGCAUCUUCCGUCAGGUUGACAGUGGCAGCGAUCUCACCACAGACCUCAUUGUCCAGAGGAUCAUCAAGAACAGAUUAGAGUACGAGGCACGAAACCAGAAGAAAGAAGCUAAGGAGCUGGCCUUCCUGGAGGCCAUGAGGCGACAAGAGGUGCAGCCCUCAGGGGAGAACAGCUGUGAUUUCUGACGCAGAGGAGCGUGGUUCUGGAGAGCCCUCGGUGCCAGGUGGUCCUCACCUUGCUCUCCUGUGUCCUACAGUUUGGCUGUUAUGAUCCUUAAGGAAGCCGCAGUGCCACCUCUUGCUGGCCUGGCUCUGGGAGGGUGGUGUGGGGGGACGCUGCCUCCCACCUGCCUGCAAGGUGUCCAUUUUGCGGCAGGCACCCAGCCCUCUCUGUUAAGCUACUCAGAGAGGGUGCCUAGAACAGUGGAGCGGCCCAGCAAGCAGGAUGAGCAGAGGGCUCUGCUCAGUGCGUUGGGUUCCAGCUGCCGUGCUCCAUCCUGUCCCAGAAGCUCCCUCUGACCCUGGACACCUCCUGCUGCCUGGGCUGGAGGCCACGCUGCCUCCCCCCUUCUUUGGUGGGAGGCACAGAGGGACCCCAGGACUGCCCCUUCCUUCUCUGGGUGCAGACCACACACGCUCUGCCCUCCAGCACCCCAGCACCCGGGCCUGGCUCUAGCAAAAUGCGCUUGUCCCUCCCCGGCCAGCUCUGCUGUUCUUCAGACGGAUUCUGUUCUGUUCUGUGCCUCACCGGCUGAUGUAAAUCUCUUUGGUGCGACCAAAUAAAGCCUGGUGAGCAGUG